AUGGUGUCACUUAAAGCAAACGUAAGCGAUCUAGAAGAGGAGAAAAAAUCUCUGCUUAUGGUAAUAAAAGUUCUUCAGACAGAUGCCGACCUAAAUCAACCAGAAAGUAAAGAAAAUCGCAAUGGCUGGCAGAAUGGCAAAGGGCGUGCAGCGUCAGAAAAACAAGUUGAGACAUUCUCUGCUAGUAAAAGUGAUACGGUAAUUAGAAACCAAUUUGAAAUUUUAAGCGACAGUGAUAUUUAAAUCAAAUCACAAGAAAUCCCCCUUGUCAAUGGAAGGCAAAAGGUAAUAAACAAGAGUCAAGGACAAACGAACAAGAACAAUGACGAACUUCAAAACAAAGAAUCCGUUCGCCCAAGCAAAGCAAAAGUGCCAAGCACAGUAAUAAUUGGUGACUCAAUGACUAAACACUUAGAUAGGAGAUUACAACGAUCUUCAAAAACCGUAAGACGAGUCUCGAUGCAGACUUUUAGAGGCGCAAUGAUAGAGGACAUGAAACAUCACAUCAGACCAUGCCUCGCGAGAUCAUUUUGCAUGUGGGAACAAAUGAUCUAGCAAAGAAAAAUCCUCAAGAGAUUGUAAACAGUAUUGCCGAUAUCGUAAAUAUUAUUCAUGUUGAAUCUCCCGAAACCAAACCUGUGCUGUCUGAAAUAAUGAGGACCGACAGUUCAUCAUAUAUACCUAAAAUAGGUAAGAUCAAACAACAACUUCAAAGCUAUUGUCGAGAUCAAAAUAUAGACUUAAUCCAACACGGCAACUUACAAGCCAAACACUUGAACUCAUACGGAGUUCAUCUUAACAGAGCAGGAAAUUCCAUUUUAGCUAAAAACUUGAUAGGCUAUUUUAAUAAGGGUUCGGGCAAUUGA